UCGCGCCGGAGGACGAGGCUUCGGGCGGCGGCUUGGGCGGCCUGCGGACCGAGCGGGUGGGCCGAGCCGCGGGGCCCCGCGCCUGCCGUCUGCCCGUCCCGCUCGCGCGGGGCGCGCGCCAUGGCCGCCUCGCCGGGCUCGGGCAGUGCCAACCCGCGGAAGUUCAGCGAGAAGAUCGCGCUGCACACGCAGCGGCAGGCCGAGGAGACGCGGGCCUUCGAGCAGCUCAUGACCGACCUCACCCUGUCGCGGGUUCAGUUUCAGAAGCUUCAGCAACUGCGCCUUACACAGUACCACGGGGGAUCCCUGCCUAACGUGAGCCAGCUUCGGAGCAGCACAUCAGAGUUCCAGCCGUCAAUUCAUCAAGCUGAUAAUGUUCGUGGAACCCGCCACCAUGGACUGGUGGAGAGGCCCGCCCGGAAUCGCUUCCACCCGCUUCACCGAAGGUCUGGGGAAAAGCCAGGGAGACAAUUCGAUGGAAAUGCUCUUGCAGCCAGUUAUUCUUCGCAGCCCCUGGAUGAGAGCUGGCCAAGGCAACAGCCUCCUUGGAAGGAAGACAAACACCCUGGAUUCAGGCUGACAUCUGCACUUAACAGGACCAAUUCUGACUCUGCUCUUCACACGAGUGCUCUGAGCACCAAGCCCCAGGACCCCUAUGGAGGAGGCGGCCAGUCACCCUGGCCUGCCCCAUACAUGGGUUUCUGUGAUGGAGAAAGCGAUGGCCAUGGGGAAGUAGCAUCUUUCCCUGGUCUGUUGAAAGAAGAGAGCCUGCUAAAUGUUCCGAAGCCGCUGCCUAAACAACUGUGGGAGACCAAGGAGAUCCAGUCUCUGUCUGGACGCCCUCGAUCCUGUGACGUUGGUGGCGGCAAUGUGUUCCCACACAAUGGCCAGAACAUAGGCCUCUCGCCGUUCCUGGGGACCCUGAACACCGGAGGGUCAUUGCCAGAUCUAACCAACCUCCACUACUCAGCGCCACUGCCAGCCUCCCUGGACAGCAGCAUGAGUGUGGGCAAUAGUGUGGGCAACCUUCCCGCUGCGAUGACUCAUCUGGGCAUAAGACACUCCUCUGGUCUCCAGAGUUCUCGCAGUAAUCCUUCCAUCCAAGCCACACUCAAUAAGGCCGGGCUGUCAUCAUCCUUCAAUAGUCACCCACAGACAUCUGUGGCCACUGCAUCUGCUCUUCACCCCUCGCUCCGCCUCUUCUCCCUUAGCAACCCAUCUCUUCCCACCACAAACCUGAGUGGCCCCUCUCGGCGCAGGCAGCCUCCAGUCAGCCCUCUCACGCUGUCUCCUGGCCCCGAAGCACAUCAAGUGUUCGGCAGACAGCUUUCUUCAACCAGCCCCUUGAACCCAUACCCUGCCUCCCAGGUGGUAUCCUCAGAGCAAAGCCCACUUUCCUUCCUGCCCACAGAAGCUCAAGCCCAAGUGUCCCCACCGCCUCCUUACCCCACACCCCAGGAGCUGCCCCAGCCACACCUGCAGCAGCCCCAUGCCCAGGAGGCCCCUGCUCAUCCGCCCCAGGCAGCCCCCUCCCUGCCACAGUCGGACUUCCAGCUCCUCACUGCCCAGGGCUCGUCUCUGACCAACUUCUUCCCAGAUGUGGGCUUUGACCAACAGCCCAUGAGACCCAGCCCUGCCUUUCCUCAACAGGUGCCUUUGGUGCAGCAGAGUCACCGAGAGCCGCAGGACUCAUUUCACUUGAGACCAAACCCGUAUGCCAACUGUGGGAACUUCCCAAACACCAUCCUGGCAGAAGAUCCAAGUGCCAGUCUCUUCAAAGGCCUUAGUGGGGGGCUGUCAGGCAUGCCUGAGGUUGGCCUGGACAUGGACACUCCGUUUCCAUUGGAAGAGGAGCUGCAGAUCGAACCCCUGAGCCUGGAUGGACUCAACAUGUUAAGUGACUCCAGCAUGGGCCUGCUGGACCCCUCCGUGGAGGAGACGUUUCGAGCUGACCGGUUGUGAGCGCAGUGGAGUGGAGCAGGGGGUCUGAAAGGGCCGGAGCAGAGGCUACAAUGGAGGGCGCCAUGCUGUCCCAGGCCCUCCUCGAGUCCUAGCUCAGAUAUCAUGGCUUUCUAGACACAGCUGCAUCCUGCCUCUCCGACCUGUGACACCAGUUGUACUGCCACAAGCCAGCUGCUUUGGAGCUUCUGAUGACUGCGAAGCUCACCGUGUCACCUUCACUCUUUCUGUUGUCCAUCUAGUCAGUGUAUGACUGCAGAGCGCUGUGUAACAGGCAGACUCCGCAACAUCCUCAGCCUCCGAGCCACAGAUCCCAGCCAGCACUGAAGAUGUGACCCAGUGUGGGACUCAGUUGGGAGCCACAGGCCUGAGGAGUUGGUUCAGCAUCACACAGUGAUGGUACCAGAGCACUGUGAUGCCUUUGUGUGUGACCAACAAGGUCAGGCACCCCCAGCUGGUGCGUAGCCUGGGCCUCGCCAUUGCUCUGCCAGAUGGCGUAAUGAAGUGAGGCAGCUUACCCACCCGUCCCGGGGCGGCUGUCCUUAGGCAAGCUGAGCUCAGUUUGCUUUCUCCCAGCCUGUGACCUCUUUGCUGCUGCUUUCCUGUACACGGACAGGAGGAGAAGGAGACCCAUUUGCUCACCGAAGAAAAGUCCCUGGAAAUAGGAUGAGCCUAAAGAGGGAGGAGCUCCCUCUAGGAGGCUGCAGAUCUGUCACCUGCACAAGACAUCCUCCGUCCUCGGCUGGCCCCCUACAGCCCCACUGGGCAGAGCUGCUGGGCCGCGUGUCAGUGACAGCAGCUGGACCCCUUUUCCUCCCCAGCUUUCUCUGUUUAAUGCGAUCCCACUAGACUGUAAGCUCCAAGGGAGCAGGAGCUGUGCCUUGUUCCUUCUUGAACCCUAGUGCCUACCAAGUGCCUGGUAAGAAUGAGUGCUGUGUGACUGGGCGUGGCCACCAGUGGUGAGGGAGUGAAUGCAUAUGCCAUGUGGGGGGCAGUCUGACCUGUAGCAUGUCUAUUCCCUGCCUAAGCUCAGAGCUUAACCUUCUCAUACUGGUGCCUUUAAUUCAUACUCACCUGAAUAUGCCUUAACACACUAGAUGACAUCCUAGUGACGUCCUCCUGGGGAUUAUGUCCCUCAGCAACUAGGUGGGAAUCAUCCAGGAUGGCUGAGCACACCAAAGCCCCUAAGUGCAGGGCCUCUGGGAUCUUCACUGGCCCCACAGCAAAAUCUUCCUACUCAGAUCCAUGUUGUAUUCUAAAUUGCCUAAAAUAGAGGUGCGUACUCUGAGGUUAAGAAAUGAGUUUAUAGUAAAGGAGGCCUGAUUCGUUACUCAUUAACACCUUAUCACACAAUAAUUUGACCAGAUUCUACCACCACUGCCCGAUAGCCCUGAGUGGGAAAAGUGGUGAUUCCCACAGAGCACAUGGGGAGGAGCCAGGCAUGGGAGAGAUGGAGGCGGGGCAGGGACUAAAGGUGAGUCUUUGCUUGGACCGCAGCUACCCUUCCUGGAGACGGGUGCAGCUAAGGCCCAAUGACUGUUUGCACCCGGCGAGCAAGGAUGAAGUAGAAGGAAGCUGACAUUACCGUGCUUGUGGACGAGGACCCUGGCCCCCGCACCUCUCCACGGCUUGUCGGCAUCUCCUCAUAGCCUUCGUUGUGACCCUUCAAACAACCCCGAUGGUGCCGUACUCCGCCUUCCUGUAGGACCCAAGAAUUUUGUGUGCCUGUUUACCUCAGUCUCUGCUGUUGAAUUGGGAAACUAAAGUGAAUCCUCUCUAUCCCAUCCCACCCCUACUGGCCUCUGCUUGUGAGCCCUAUUCCCAGUGGAACCUCAUAUGCCUUAUGCCUGAGAUCCCAGAGCAGAGCGACUUUAGUUCCAGGGAAAGCGCUGCAUCCCUCAUGCUGCCCAGCACCCCACCAUGCCCACGGAAGCCAGCUCCUCUGCCACAGGCCCCUCCAGUCGGGUCAUAGCCUUCAGGCGGGGAUCUGUGCGUUGUAAGAGUUUAGAGGAAGGGGGUCCCAGCACAAUUUGCUCUCUGCAUUGUGCCUUAUGCAUGGGUUCAUUGCAUCAGGGGAAGACUGCCUUGUUACAGGAGACCCCAGGACCUCAUACCGUGAGUUGCCCUGCCCCCGGGAUAUUCUCCAGCCGAUGGGGAAGUACUGGCUAUGGGGGAAGUCGAUUAAAAAACAAAAAGGCAAAACAACGCAAUGUAGCACUGAGUCAAAUCUGCUGCUAGGCCACUAGAGUGUCUAGACGGUAUUGAGGACACCGGGAGACCGUGUCGCCCCACCCCAGCCAUGUAAGCCUGUACUCGCUGCUGGCUUCGUGACAGACAAACCUGUCUCAGCACUGCAGUGGCCUCAGGUGUCCCCAAACCGGUGCGUGUUUGAACUUGGCCACACCAGCUGUACUCAUCUUUCUGGCCAUGUGGCGGUCUGGGUUUUCGAGGAGAGUGUGAGAUGCUCUGAUGGCGUCAAACGCCCAUCUCCUUUGCCCUCUCCCUUCUAACCCUACUGCAGUCUCUGAGCGUGUCUGAAGACACGUCCUGUUGGGACUCUCCAGGGCCCUUCUGGUUUACGCACAGAUGGUUCCCAGCAUUUCCACUGCUCCAGGAUGGGGCCAUCCCAGCAACUAAUCGGACUUCCUGCCAGCCCUAACUCCCGGCCCUUUGUUAAGCAAUAUUGAAAGGUUGGACUUGUAUAAAGUAGCUUCCAAGUUUUAUAAUGCAUCAUUUUACAUCUUUCGUAAUUAAAAGCAGCACAAUAUGGUUGUA